AUGGAGACCGUGAACAGAGGCAAAAUCAUUCUCGGUCUGGAACUCAAUCUGAUUCUAUUCCAUGUCGGUGCCGCGGGCGACUGCACCGUCUCGGUGGUUCAGCCACCUUCCCUUGAAGUGGACUACACUCAAAAGGCUGUGACCAUGCACUGCUCCUUCUCCACAGCGGGGUGCCCUGCAGAGCAACCAACAAGCCUGUGGUUUCGCUACGGCGCUCUCCAGCCCGAGAACCUGUGCUUGGAUGGAUGCAGAAAUGAGACAGACAAAUUCACACUUGUGAAUCUGGCACAAAACCAAGUUUCCCUCACUGUAAACAGGCUGACUUUCAAUGACAGUGCCAUCUAUAUCUGUGGAAUAGCCUUUCCCAGUUCAAAGGAACCGGGAGCUAAGCGGACGGGAGGAGGGACUGUGCUGGUGGUAAGAGAGACAAAGGUUCUCAGCAAGGAACUGCAGAGUCUCCUGACGGCCCUCUUAUCACUGCUCUCUAUCUACGUUACUGGUGUAUUUGUGUUCUUCAUCGUCCUCACCAAAUCAAGAUCUAACACUCUAAGAAAGAAAGAAACAGAAGAUUCUCAAAAGAAGAAGAGUGCUCGGCGUAUUUUUCAGGAAAUUGCUCAAGAACUAUAUAAUAAGAGACACAUGGAAACAAGCCAACAACCUGAGAAAGACAACACUUAUGAAAAUAGAAGAGCACUUUCUAACUACGAAAGACCAUAG